AUGGCAGUCAAGGGAUUAGGAGCAGUAGACAAGAAAUACGACGGUACGUUUAAUAGAUCUCGGCUCAAUUAUUAAAUACAAGAAAACAGCUUGUUUUUGCUUCGCUGGAGUUGAAAACUAACUAGCUAUGAGUUUUUGACAGGCUCCAAAUUGAGAAUCGGAAUUCUUCACGCAAGAUGGAACAAGACUAUAAUAGACUCACUAGUGCAAGGAGCAGUAGCGAAACUUGAAUCCUUAGGGGUCAAGCAAGAAAACAUCGUAGUGGAAACCGUGCCCGGGUCAUUUGAACUUCCAUUUGGAUCAAAAUUAUUCUUUGAACAACAAAAACGGAAAGGAACUCCACUUGAUGCUAUAAUCCCCAUCGGCGUGUUGAUUAAAGGCUCAACUAUGCAUUUCGAGUACAUUUGUGAUGCCACUACUACUCAAUUGAUGAAAUUGAACUUUGAUUUGAACAUCCCCGUUAUAUUUGGUGUCUUGACUUGUUUAACAGAAGAACAAGCUGAAGCUAGAGCUGGUUUGAUCCCCGGCAAAAUGCACAAUCAUGGUGAAGACUGGGGCGCUGCUGCUGUAGAAAUGGCUAUCAAAUUUUCAGACUCGAGCUAG